CCGACUCUUUUCGCAAAAGCAACAAUCACCUGAUCAUCGUUCUCUAUCUACUUUAUAUUCAGCAAUGGUCAACGAAGCCAACACACCCCCCACAAACAGGCUGCACCACGAUGACGACCGUGAGGAGACGGAGGAUGGCGGCCAGCGGAGAGUCAAGCGGCGGACAGGGCCCUUCAAACGGUCCAGAACAGGGUGUGGAACAUGUAAAAGACGAGGCAAGAAAUGCGACGAAGAGUGGACGUCCGACGGGCAUUGUCAGCGCUGUAUUAUAGGCCAGUUUGAGUGUACCGGGCGAACUCUGGUCGAGUCGAAGAAGAAGAAGCGACCCGACAACGCCCCAUCUCCUACUCGCAACGCCUCGCCGUCACCGACACAAGCCUGGCAGGAAGAAGAACGAGAGCCGGGGACGAGCCUCAGUGGGGGAAGCAUUGCUGCUCUCCCACCGAACGCUCUGCUAUCGGGGUCCAUGCAGUCAAACCCUUCCAACCACUCGAUAUCCCCACACAACUCUUUUACCCAGCCAACACCUCCUAGCAAUUCGCUCAACAAUACCGCCUUCACAUCCCAUACCAGCGCCCACGCAUCCUCCUCCGGCGCGCCGAGCAAGACCGCCCAGGCUUCGGCAACUGCCAAUGUCAAUUUCGCAUGGUACAAUGUCAACCAUGCGCCUUCCCCUGCUCCGCACCACGACCCCUCCUCCUUCCUGUCACUUGCCCAGCCGGCGGUUCUUCGUCACAACCCGCGGGGAGCGCGAUGGACUGGGCAGCCAUCUUUGGAGGCGCAGCGGCGGGGGGGUCGGGAGAUGGUAGUUUUUUGGCGACGACAGAGUGUGGGGCGCUGGCUUUUGACCCGGCACUAGCGUGGGGGAAGAGUGGGGAAGCGACGCCGAAUGAGUUGUGGGAUCCGGCGUUCUUUGGGUCGUUGAUGGGUCCCGGAGCGGUCAGAUUCUCGAGGAAUGGUGUAUCCCUGGCGGAGAUCUACGCCCGAGUAAUCGAAUCAUGGCUCGUGGGUAUCCCCUCCGACACUCGCGAAUACGUGCGCGCCCGUCUCCUUGCCCUCAACGACUCGUCCAACACCCUGCGAAACGUCAAAUACGCCGUCGCAGCAUCCUACAUUGCUCUUCUGUCUUCUUCCUCGGCACAGUACUAUCCCAGAUGCCGUCUCUCGGACUUGUGUCGAAAAGCAACGGGGAUAGUCGAACCGCCGUACGAACUUCUCGGCGACAAUACGCCGGAUCCUAUGGGGAAUGUCGACAUCAACUCCUCGCGCCGGGGAGAUAGGAGGAGAGGGGAGGGAAAGGAAGCGCCGUAUGAGGCAGGGCAGAUCAGCCAGAGGAUGAAGGACUAUGCGGAAGGUGUGACGGCAGUGGUGGAUGCAGAUGUAGAUACUAGCAAGUGGGUGGAAGAUGCGUUGAGGACUUUGAGGGAUGUGGUGGUUGUAGAUGAGGCUCAUCUUUCGGAUCUGCUUUGGGGCGUCAUCGACUUGCAGUUUAUGGAGUUUGUUCGGAGCGGCGCCAAGAGGUCAUACGCCCAUCUCGCCCUCGGUGAUCGACUGGUCCGCUCCGCUCUCGGCUCGCAUCAUCCCGGCAUCACACUCAAGAGUCUCAAUACGCCCGAGCAAUUGUCGUUGAGGUUGUUUGCGGUUGCAGAUCUUGGGCGGUGUAUUGUUGAGAGAGGUAGACGGACUAUCUUCAAUUUCUGGUCCGAUCACCCCAGUGGAAGCCCCUCCUCGCUCGAUGAAACGUCUCCGAAUCUCUGGGCCGUGGUUCAUCCGUAA